AUGAAUGUCAAGGUUAAAUGGUUAGUUUUUUAUCCAGAGAAAUUUCGAGAUCACGAGAUACAAUGUUCGUUUUCAGGAUUUCAUUAUUAUUAUUCCUAUUUUGCCUUAUUUUUUCCAUAGAAUGUUAUCCAACAAAUUCGAUCGAACUACAAAAACAUCAUCAUAAUCAUCACAAGGUUAGUCAAUUUUUUCUUGAACGAAUCAAAAUGACUUCUGACCAUUUUUCUGACGAAAAAAAGAAGAAAUUGAUUUGAUUUGCACGAAAAAGCAAGGUCAGAUUGUAUGAUAGAGAAAAAAACGAUUCGAAAAUUGAACAUUGGAAGGAAUCUUGGAACUUUCAAUUUGGAAGUAAAUCUGAAAUUGAUUCACUUUCACGAUUGAAAUUAUUUUUUGAUCAUAGAUAAAAAGAUUCUAGACAUUUGGAAAACUCAUAAAAAAAGGAUUUCAUUGAUUAAAUUUUGGAAUAUUUGCAGCAUCAUAUUCAUCGAAAACAUCAUCGACGAGAUCUCGAAUCAGAAGAAUCAAAAACGAAAAGAAAUAAACAAGUAAUAUUAACAAAACCAUUUUGGCCAUGGCCUUAA